AUUAAAUUGAAAUAUUCCUUUAACGCAGAAAAAUGGAGGCACUCAUACCGGUGAUCAAUAAGCUGCAAGAUGUAUUCAAUACAGUGGGCUCGGAUUCAAUACAACUGCCACAAAUUGUGGUCUUGGGCAGUCAGAGUUCUGGUAAAAGUUCAGUACUAGAAAGUCUUGUUGGGCGGUCAUUUCUACCACGAGGUACUGGCAUUGUGACAAGAAGGCCUUUGGUUCUACAAUUAAUACAUUGUCCAUUGGCGGAUCGUAAUCAUCGAUCUGCUGAAAAUGGCACACUCAACUGUGAAGAAUGGGGCAAAUUUUUACACACCAAAAAGAUAUUUACUGAUUUCAAUCAAAUUCGUCAAGAAAUUGAAGAAGAAACCGAACGUGUAGCUGGCUCUAACAAAGGCAUUUGUCCCGAACCAAUAAAUUUGAAAAUUUUCUCCACGCGAGUGGUAAAUCUAACCUUAGUGGAUUUACCCGGCAUUACAAAAGUCCCCGUCGGCGAUCAACCCGAAGAUAUUGAACAACAAAUUAAAGAUUUACUCCUGAAAUAUAUUGAAAAUCCCAAUUCCAUAAUACUGGCUGUGACGGCAGCCAACACAGAUAUGGCCACCAGUGAAGCUUUAAAAUUAGCCAAAGAUGUUGAUCCCGAUGGACGACGUACAUUGGCUGUAGUCACAAAAUUAGAUCUUAUGGAUGCUGGCACAGAUGCCAUUGAUAUACUGUGUGGUCGCGUUAUACCCGUCAAAUUGGGUAUUAUCGGUGUUAUCAAUCGUUCACAGCAGGACAUAAAAGACAACAAAGACAUUGAGGAACAACUCAAAGAUGAGGCGGCAUUUCUGCAGCGUAAAUAUCCAACAUUGGCCACGCGUAAUGGUACACCGUAUUUGGCAAAGACCCUCAAUCGUUUACUAAUGCAUCACAUACGAGACUGUUUGCCGGAUUUGAAAACCCGUGUCAAUGUUAUGUCUUCACAAUUCCAAUCGUUGCUGAAUUCAUAUGGUGAAGAUGUGAAGGAUAAAAGUCAAACUCUGCUGCAAAUUAUUACGAAAUUUGCCAGUGCCUAUUGUUCGACCAUUGAUGGUACAGCACGCAACAUUGAAACGACAGAAUUGUGUGGUGGUGCACGAAUUUGUUAUAUUUUCCAUGAGACUUUUGGACGCACACUUGAUUCCAUUCAUCCCUUAGCUGGUCUAACUAAAAUGGAUAUUUUAACGGCUAUACGAAAUGCAACUGGUCCGAGACCAGCGUUGUUUGUACCCGAAGUAUCAUUUGAAUUGCUAGUCAAACGUCAAAUUCGUCGAUUGGAGGAGCCAUCGUUGCGUUGUGUCGAAUUGAUACACGAAGAAAUGCAACGAAUUGUCCAGCAUUGUGGCAAUGAAGUGCAACAGGAAAUGUUGAGAUUCCCCAAACUACAUGAGAAAAUCGUUGAUGUAGUAACACAGCUAUUGCGCCGCCGUCUACCGGCCACAAAUGUUAUGGUGGAAAAUCUAGUGGCCAUUGAAUUGGCCUAUAUCAACACAAAACAUCCUGAUUUUCAUAAGGAUGCUGCCUUGGUGCCAAGUCUAUUGAAAACUGAUAAUAUUAUGGAUCCAUAUGGGCAGCAGCAACAACAGUUGGCGCGACGUUCAAAUACACCAAGGACAACAAAUUCAUCGCCACAGGUAAUGGCUGUGCAAAAUUUGCAAAAACAACAGCAGCAACAACAGCAAAAGCAACAACAGGAGCAAGAUCAACAUCAUAAUGAUGUUGGAGAACAGAACCACAUUGGUGAAAAUAACUGGUUAUCGAAUAUUUUGCCACCAGCACCCAAUGCCACCCAAAGCAUGGAAAACUCCAAUCACAAUACUCCGCUACACAAUUCUCUGAUGAGUCCGGUAAAACCAGUAAAUCUAUUACCCGAUGUGCCUGCCAAUCAGGGCUCCAGGCGUUUAACCGAUAAGGAACAAAAGGAUUGUGAUGUUAUUGAACGUCUAAUCAAAUCCUAUUUCUAUAUUGUACGCAAAUCUAUCCAGGAUUCAGUACCAAAGGCCGUUAUGCAUUUUCUAGUUAAUUAUGUUAAGGAUAAUUUACAAAGUGAAUUGGUAACACAUUUAUAUAAAUCGGAUGCCGUCGACACAUUGUUAAAUGAAUCGGAUCACAUUGCGAUACGUAGACGAGAAGCUGCCGAUAUGUUGAAGGCUUUAACAAAUGCUAAUCAUAUUAUUAGUGAAAUUCGUGAGACCCAUAUGUGGUAGAUGGAUGAA